AUGCGUUCUGAGCCACUCAUUCGACCCGCAACGGCUUCGCUGCUGGACCUCCGCGCAAAGUUGGCGGAGAAACCGCCGUUCUGUAGCGGCAUCUUCGCUCUACCUCCGGAGCAGCUGCAACUCUACUACGGGCAAGACGACCCAAAGUUCGUCAACUUCGCCACAGCCGUCGACGAGCCGGAGACAGUGGCGGAGCUAGCCGCCGCGUGCCAACCUGCCAAGUUCGGUAGGAACAACGAGACGGUGCUGGACGAAACUUAUCGCAAGGCUGGGAAGAUGGACAAGGAAGACUUCCUCAUGCGGUUUGACGCGACCGAGUCUGGCCUUCUGCGCGUCGUCCACGCCACCCUCCUCGCAAGCGUGAAGGAGCUGACUAGCAUUCGCGCUGAGCUGUACAAGCUCAAUGUCUACGGCGAAGGAGAAUUCUUCAAGGCGCACGCGGACACCCCCUUGGGAACCAACAUGGUCGGUUCCCUCGUCCUCUGCUUCCCCACCGCGCAUGAAGGCGGCGCCCUCUUCCUCCGCCACGGUGGCAAGGAGUGGACGUUCGACGCCAACGCGCUCCUCGACGGCCGCACCGAUGCCCUCGCGUAUGUCGCCUUCUUCAGCGACGUCGAGCACGAGGUCGCCCCUGUCCUCUCCGGCCACCGCGUCACCCCUCAAGGCGUCACCGUCGACGCACCCGUCCUCGCGAACCCGAACGCCAUCGCGGACUCCUUCGACGCCCUCCUCGCCGACCGCACCUUCAUGCCCAACGGCGGUAUCAUCGGCUUUGGCCUGCGCCACAAGUACCCAUUCCCGCGCGCCUGGAAGGCAGUCAAAGGCGCGCCCGAUCCCCUCGAGUCUCUCCGCGGGUGGCUGAAGGGCGGUGACGCUGCGCUCAAGCUCGCGGUCGAGGGCGUUGGGCUUGAGCCGCGGCUGCGCUACGUCGUCUUCGGGAGCGAGCGCAAGAUCCUCCUGCAGAAGAUGGUCGUAACCCCGACCGAAGGCGUGGAGGAGGAGUCGCUUGAAGAGCAGCUCAUGUGGCGGCAAAACGGCGGGAAGCUCAUCAAGGACGCCUUCUUCGGGGCCGCUCCCCGCCCCGCGCCCAAAUGCCCGCCCGGCGAGGAUGGUUUCUACGGCGGCGGCUACGUGGACGGAUACUACGGCGACGACGGCGAAGAGGACGACGAGGACGAGGACGGGGAAGGGCGACGGAGCGUCGAGAUCAACUGGAUCACGCCAACGGAGGCGUGGAACGGGACGAGCGCUGCGUUCCUCGCGUACGGCAACCAGGCGAGCCUCGACUACUGGUACGCGUCCGUCUGCAUCCUCGUCAAGAUCGGGCCUGCGGGCGACCGUGGCGUGCGCCCACGCGCGGUGGUCGAGCGGCCGCCGAAGCCCGUUCGGCCGGUGCAAGCGAAGGCGAGCAAGGCCAAGGCCGGGGCCGCUCAGCCGGCCGCAGGCUCGAGCCGCUCUCCCUCUGACGAGUCGAGCGGCGCGGACGAGGGCGCGGCGUCUGCGCCCGCGAAGGGCAAGGCGAGGGCGAAGGCGACGAAGGCGAAGGCGAAGGCGUCGCCCGCGCAGCCUGCGAAGGAGCGACCCGCAAAGGCGGCGAAGACGAAGGCGCAGCCUGCUGAGCCUGCUGAGGGGGCGGAGCCGGAGCGACGGAGCACGCGGGAACGGCGCGCGGUCCAGCGCGGAUAG